AUGCCUCUCCUACCUCAAAGCGUAAAGCCCCGCGUUAUCCUGGGUCUCAUGACCUUUGGACCUCCUGGUACUGAGAAGUUCGACGCCCGUAUCUUUGACCCGGAGACAUUCAACAAGGCGCUCGACGUUUUCCAGAGCAAGGGCUACAGUGAAGUUGACACUGCGCGUAUAUAUGUCGGCGGAAACCAAGAGGGAUGGACUGGUAAAGAGACCAAGUGGAAGGAGAGGGGACUCACUCUCGAUACCAAGGUCAUGUAUCCCAAGGAACCUCGCGAAAACACCUACGACAAGGUCAUCAAGUCUGUCGAGACCAGUUUGAAAGAGCUUGGAACUGACUGCAUUGAUCUGCUCUACCUCCACCGUCCUGACCGCGGUGUUCCCUUCGCCGAGACCCUCGAGGCUAUCAAUAAGCUGCACAAGGAUGGAAAGUUUGUCAACUUUGGUAUCAGCAACUUCACCGCAUACGAGGUUGCCGAAGUUGUCAUGACCUGCAAGUACAACAACUGGGUCCGACCUACGGUCUACCAGGGCAUGUACAACUGCCUUACUCGUUCCAUCGAGGCGGAGCUCUUUGUGGCCUGCAGAAGAUACGGUCUUGAUAUUGUUGUUUAUAACCCCAUUGCUGGCGGUCUCUUGUCCGGCAAGAUCAAGUCGAUGGACAUCAAGCCCGAAACUGGUCGCUUCUCUGACCAGUCUGCUAUCGGCACUGCAUACCGCCAACGUUACUUCAGAGAAAGCACAUUCAAGGCCCUGAGUGUCAUCGAGCAGGCAGUGGAGAAGAACGGAUUAAGUAUGCUUGAGACGGCGCUGCGAUGGACGGUGCAUCACUCCGGGCUGAAGAUGAAAGACGGCAACGAUGGAAUCAUCCUCGGCAUGUCCAAGGUGGAGCAGCUGGAGGAGAACCUAGAGCUUCUUGAGAAGGGUCCUCUCCCGGACGAAGUGGUUGAAGCACUUGACCAGGCCUGGCUGUACUCCAAGGCAGACACUGCUAAUUACUGGCACGGGGAUUUGGAGUAUACUUAUGAUGUGCACGAGGCUCUGUUUGGAGCAUCGGCCAAGUAA